ACAUGCGACGAGUCUUAUCAGUCAACCAAGAGCGGCGAUCAUUCAGUUGAGUUUGAGCUAUUGACGAGUGCGGUAUAGAAAACUGAACAAAAUAAAAUAAUCCUUAACUGGAAUCGGAGUAACUCUUAGGAUAACAAGUCUUAAAAUAUAAAAAAAAUCAGCAUAAAGUCUGACUUGAAUAAUUAUAAAUUAAAUAUCUAUGUUUAUUUAACAAAAUAUAUAUAUAAGCAUAUAUAUAUAGAGUGACUGAUAAGCUGCUUAGUGCAAAUCAAAUAAAAAAUAAAAUAAUUCAAAACGUCGCCGUGUGCAUUUCGGAACUUUUGUACUCUUGGCCGUCUGUCCACGAUGAUUUCCCAUACAGUGAGAGUCUUCAAGCUGAUGUAUAUCGUGGCUGGCAUACUGAUUAGCAAUGAGGAAAUCUGCGAUACUGUCGAUCGCAUACAAAUCGCGCCACGCGUCGAGAUGAAACCAGAGCUGGAACAACGGGGACAACGUGAUCUAAUCCUGGCCAAGGCGGACGGAUCACCCGGCUCGAAGCGACGACGUAAAGUGAGUGUCACGGGAUUAGCCGGUGGCAUGGUGCGCGGUGUGACCAGCCAGGUGACCAGUCGGAUGAGCAAUCGCAUCAGUUGGCUCCACAAAGUGCCAUUGGUCAUCGAGCAGUGGAGAGCGUUGGCUUUGAGCUUUACGAUCUGGACCAUACCCAACAUUUUGAUGGACUGCACGUCCAGUUACAUUCGAAAGAAGUUCUUUAUAAACAGCGACUGUGAUAUGAUCUAUAAAUAAUCUACAGAUCUACAAAUGAAGCUUAGGUUAAUUGUUAAUUGCCAAGACACAGAGAAAUGAAGUCGAUUUUAUUUAAGUAAAGUUAAGUUAGACAUAUGUUUAAAUAAAGUUAGUUUUUAACAACAAA